UUUUUUAUAUAUCGGGUACAAAACAACAGUCUGCAUCAGACAUCUGAGGAUAAGAUUGGAAAACAUGGCCACUUUUGAUGAUGUUUUGGAGGAAAUUGGACAGUUUGGCUUGUUUCAGAAGCAGUUGUUUUUUAUUAUGUGUUUUAUCUCGGCUGUGUUCAGCCCAAUAUAUGUGGGCAUUGUAUUUCUAGGAUUUGUACCUGACUUCAGAUGUAAUAUUCCUGCAGCUGCGGAAUUAAGUAGAACAUGCGGUUGGAGCGUUGAAGAGGCAAUUAAUUACACGUUUCUCCUUCCAGAUAACUCUGCAGAUUCCUUAUACUUUAGCCAGUGUUUUCAGCAUGACGCAGACUGGAACUGGACAUCUCUCACUUGCACAGACCCAAUCAGGAAUCUAACCUCAUAUAAUAGUAACAACAUGCCUGUUACCAGCUGCACUAAUGGUUGGGUGUAUGAUACUACAGGAUCAUCUAUAGUAACAGAGUUUAAUCUUGUGUGUGAGGACUCAUGGAAGUUGGACCUUUUCCAGUCAAUUGUGAAUGUUGGAUUCUUUCUUGGCUCUCUGUUUAUCGGAUACAUUGCAGACAGAUUUGGUCGCAAGCCAUGCCUUUUAAUUUCUCUCCUCAUCACUGCUAUUUUUGGUGUCCUUGUGGCAUUUGCUCCAACUUAUCCAUGGCUGGUUACCUUCCGCUUUAUUCAGGGCUUAGUCAGCAAAGGCAGUUGGUUGUCAGGAUAUAUUUUGGUUGCAGAGUUUGUUGGCUUGGACCACAGAAGAACUGUCGGAAUUGUAUACCAAGUUGCAUUUACAGUUGGACUUCUGGCACUUGCAGGAGUGGCUUAUGUCGUUCCUAACUGGAGAUGGCUUCAGCUGGCGGUCACUUUGCCAAAUUUUGUGUUCCUGACAUAUUACUGGUGUGUUCCAGAAUCACCUCGAUGGCUCCUAUCCCAAAACCAGAAGGAUAAGGCUAAUGAAAUUAUUAAGCAUAUUGCAAAGAAGAAUAAGAAACCUAUACCGGUUACUUUAAAGAGUCUAACUGGAAAUGAAGACACUGGUUAUAAACAAGUUCCGUCUUUUAAAGACCUGGUCAGAACUCCUCAGAUAAGAAAACACACCUUCAUUCUAAUGUACAUCUGGUUUUCAUGUGCUGUAAUUUACCAAGGACUGAUUAUGCACAUGGGAUCCACUGGUAAAAAUAUUUACUUAGACUUCUUUAUCUCUGCUAUGGUGGAGUUUCCUGCCGCAUUUAUAAUAAUAGUUACAGUGGAUCGUAUUGGACGCCGAUAUCCCUGGGCAGUGGGUUGUUUUGUGACAGGUGUGGCUUGCCUUGUUACUGCUUUCAUUCCUGAAGGAUUACAAUGGCUAAAAGUGACACUAGGAUGUGUGAGCAGAAUGGGGAUUACACUUUCUUAUGAAAUGAUUUGUUUGGUGAAUGCUGAGCUGUAUCCAACUUUUAUAAGGAAUCUUGGCAUAAUGGUCUGCUCAUCAAUGUGUGAUCUGGGAGGAAUAAUAACACCAUUUAUUGUUUAUCGGUUGUCAAAUGUCUGGCAGGAGCUACCACUUAUAGUAUUUGCUGUAAUUGGAACACUUUCAGGAGUUCUUGUACUGCUCCUUCCUGAAACGAAAGGACAGGCUCUACCAGAAACUAUUGAAGAAGCAGAAAAUUUGCAGAAGUAAG